CGGCGCAGUGAAACCUCUCUCCACUACGCUCGUGGAAUGAGGCACGAUACAUUUGUAACGCGUAAUAAUGCAUUAAAAAACAUCAUAUCGUUCACUCCGCCUCAUCCUCCCCGUCUCCCGGUGGUUUCUAUUUGUGGCUUUGCAAUUCGGAUGAAAUAAGUGGACCAUGCCUCGCAGACGACAGAGACAUCCAGCUGGGAGUGGUUCUGAUGGGACCGAGGACUCGGACUCCUCAGCCGAGAGGGAGCAGACCAACAGUUCAGAAAGUGAUGGAAACCUGCCCAAGAGGCAGCGCCUCACCAGAGCCUCCACCCGCCUUAGCCAAAGCUCUCAGGACACUCCAGACUUGAAGCGAGCUGCAGACCAUGACGAAUCCCCACCACUGACACCCACAGGAAAUGCACCGUCCUCCGAGUCUGAGCUGGACAUCUCCAGCCCCAACGCGUCUCACGAUGAAAGCCAGGCUAAAGAUCAAGCCGGCAGAGACUCUGAUAAGGACCUUUCCCAUAGACCCAAACGCCGCCGCUGUCACGAAACAUAUAACUUCAACAUGAAGUGCCCAACUCCCGGAUGCAAUUCCCUCGGUCACCUCACAGGGAAACAUGAGCGUCAUUUCGCUGUAUCAGGUUGCCCUCUUUACCACAAUCUUUCUGCUGACGAGUGCAAGGUCAAAGCCGUCAGCCGCGAGAAACAAGAAGAGGAGGUGAAGGUUCAGGAAGAGAGCAACUCACGCCACGCAACUCGUCACCAGACUCCGACGUCGAAGCAGAGCCGGUACAAAGAGCAGGUGACCGAGAUGAGGAAGGGUCGAAACUCCGGCCUGCAGAAGGAGCAGAAAGAGAAGCACAUGGAUCAUCGGCAGACGCACGGCAACACCAGGGAGCCUCUGCUGGAGAACAUCACCAGCGAAUACGACCUGGAGCUGUUCAGGAAGGCCCAGGCCCGAGCGUCCGAGGACCUGGAGAAGCUGCGGAUCCAGGGCCAGAUCACCGAGGGCAGCAACAUGAUCAAAACCAUCCUGUUCGGCCGCUACGAGCUGGACACCUGGUACCACUCGCCCUACCCGGAGGAGUACGCCCGCCUGGGCCGCCUCUACGUCUGCGAGUUCUGCCUCAAGUACAUGAAGAGCCAGACCAUCCUCAGGCGGCACAUGGCCAAAUGUGUGUGGAAGCAUCCUCCAGGAGAUGAGGUGUACCGCAAAGGCUCCAUAUCGGUGUUUGAAGUCGACGGCAAGAAGAACAAGAUCUACUGCCAGAACCUGUGUUUACUCGCCAAGCUGUUUCUGGACCAUAAGACUCUUUACUACGACGUGGAGCCGUUUCUCUUCUACGUGAUGACCGAGGCGGACAACACCGGCUGCCACCUAGUGGGAUAUUUCUCCAAGGAGAAGAAUUCGUUCCUGAACUACAACGUGUCCUGCAUCCUGACCAUGCCGCAGUACAUGAGGCAGGGCUUCGGCAAGAUGCUCAUUGACUUCAGUUACCUGCUGUCCAAAGUGGAGGAGAAGGUGGGCUCCCCGGAGCGACCGCUGUCCGACCUGGGCCUCAUCAGCUACCGCAGCUACUGGAAGGAGGUCUUGCUGCGGUACAUGUACAACUUCCAGGGGAAGGAGAUCUCCAUCAAAGAGAUCAGCCAGGAGACGGCGGUGAACCCGGUGGACAUCGUCAGCACGCUGCAGUCUCUGCAGAUGCUCAAGUACUGGAAGGGGAAGCACUUGGUGUUGAAGCGACAGGACCUGAUUGACGAGUGGAAAGCGAAGGAGAUCAAGCGAGGCAACAGCAACAAGACUAUUGACCCCACCUCACUGAAAUGGACCCCUCCCAAAGGGACAUGAGCUCUCCCACCCUCAGGCUGCUGGAGACACUCGCUCUUCGCCUCACCAGCCACAAGUAGCCUCGACCUAUGAACUGUCAGCGCAGACCAGUGUUCUCCACUUUCAACAUUUUUACACUUUUUAUUCCAUUUAUGUGUCAUAAACUUUAUUUUUUACUUUUAUAUUUUACUUUCACUUUGUAUUUUAAGCGUCACAUUAUUUUCCAGGCCGAAUCAUUUUAAUCUGUAGAGGAUCGCUCUUUUUUUUUUUUUUGUUUUCCUGUUUUGUUCUAAGCGCUGGACUGAACUCUGAAUGUUCUCUGAGAACUCGUCCGGUGCGGUGGAUAACAUGAAUGUUGGCUUUGCCCAUGCAGAGAGAAAAAAAAAACACACACACGCUCACGUCGGGCAGCGCUCCCCCGCUUGUUUUUAUUCCUUUAAAGAAACGUGCAUUUUAAUGAUGGUGGUUGUUCUUGUUUGAGAGUGAUGCAGUAAUCGUUAGCAUGUACCGAGAAAUAUAAGCAGGGUGUGUUUUUAGGAGUAUGAUCAUCGGUAACGUCUUCUUUGGUUGAUAUGAAUUGUAUAGAUGAUAUUACUGUGUGUGUAAACCCCCCCUCGCCCCCCUUUUGGCUCCGUCAAUACAGGACUGGGAUCCGUUCAUCUGGUGAGCCUGUCAAAAUAGAAGGUCAUACCUUUAAUUUGCUGGAAAUGCUUCAAUAAAAAGCGGCACCACUGUAAGAAUGCACAUGGAAAUAAAUGAAGCUCAGGUUUUUGUACCGAUACAAUCGUACCUUGCUCGUGUGGUUUCUCAGUGGCCGAGCCAGCAGGAGCCUGCCUGGUCCAGGACUCUGGAAUAAA